UGGAAGGAAGAGGGCGGCGCAAGAGAUUGAGGCGCCCAUCUUCCCUGCAACGCCUGCUCCGAUGUUGACCGAUGCGGCUCAUGAGCCGGCUAUCACGGCGUUCGAGAGUUCCGUGCCGGUGAUUGCACAGCCACCUCCGGUGCCGGCAGCGCCAUUGCCUCCUUAUCCAGUGACAGCCAAUGGCCCCACUGAAGCUGAUGUCCGGAGCAUCCUGUCACCGCUGCUCAAGGAGCUCAUCAGCUCGGUUGCUGUUCCUGGGCAGACCGGACUAGGAUUGGGCUUGGGCAUGGAAUUCGGGGGUGCUGAUAUUCUUGGCGCUGGUCUUGGGGUGGCUGGACUGAGCCCUCGGGCGCCCGGUGAUGAGAAGUGGAGGCAGCAGCAGAUCCUUGAGCUGGAGGUCUACCUCAAGAGGCUCGAGCUUGUCCGGGAGCAGGUCAUGACGGCGCUACAAGAACUCAGGUCAUUAGGAAGCUGAUUACCUCAUAUGUGUGCUGUAAAACUCUCCGAUUCGGAGGUAACAUUUUUCUCUAAAGAGUAGUGAGUACUCCUUGUUUACUGUCAAUGCGGCAUUGGAAAAGGCAUACAUACAGAGUUCGUGGUGUGCUUCUCAUUUAUAGGCUCGGCCACUUGGGGUCGCUUAGUUGCAUGUAGUAGUCAUCAUCAUAAGGUUAGAGAUGAACUUUGAUCUGUAGAUGGGAUGAUGAUCAAAGUUUGUCAUCCCUUGUAGCUCACUUUAUUCUCUGAUGCGGUCAGUCGUAUAAUUCGAUAAAUGCAGUGUAGGGUUUUGAAUCUGGAGAUUUGUAAUGACCAAAGAAUGAGAAGAGAGAUGAAAUUGAAAACAGUAUGAUCCUUCAAACUCAUGUGAUUUCGUUU